AAACACUGCAGCCUAAUAUUUACCCCCAACCAGGUUGACAACGAUGUGUCAGUGUCCAAAAUAAACACGAUUAACGUAAAAGUAAGUAAAAGACGUAAACAGUUUGAGUAAAAAACACCCACAUUGAAAGACAGGAUAGUAAAGAGGAAUUGAUAAAGACAAUUUUGAUUUGGUGAAAUUAUUGAAGUUGGAAAUUGAAAAUGACGAGCAAAAUGUCGCUGGAACCGCUCCGAUCGUUGGAUGACUUUCUCUUGACGAGUGCCAGAUUCCAGGUCCCGACCGUGGGGGAUUUGGACAGAUGGAAUAAACGUGUCCAAGAAAAUCUCAUCUAUUACCAGACAAAUUAUUUGCUUGCUGCUACCAUCAUUUUUCUCAUUGUGGGAGUGAUGCACCCGGCCGACAUGCUCGUGGGAAUUCUAGCCUUCGCCGGAGCUUAUCUUGGUUGCAACUACGUUCUCAAAAACCAAGCGAUUAUCACCGACUUCAAGAAGAAUCACCCCGUCGUGACAUUGGUCGGAGUGUGCGGAUUGGGAUACAUGGUCACGUCCUUGAUCUCGUCCGUGCUCGUAUUUUCCUUUGGAAUCCUGUUGCCAAUUGUGGUUGUCUUCAUCCAUGCAUCUCUUCGCCUACGAGACACAAAGAACAAGUUGUCCAACCUGAAGGAGAAGCUGCACUUGAAACAGACGCCGAUGGGCAUGCUUCUGGAAGAGUUGGGAAUGUCCUUUGAAGGAUUUGCGGAUUAAAAAAGCGAGCUAAAUGACCGGAAGGAACGACCCAAACAAUAAAUAAAAGUCAAAACUUGUUCUCCUUUAAGAAUUUUAUGACCCAAUUCAUGCCAAGUUUUGUAACCGUGUAAACUUUGUAAAGAAAAAAGUAAUCCUAAAAAUUUGCACGGUUACGAAGCUCGUGGCUUUAACAAUAUCCUCAAGAUAUGUAAUGCAUACAUAGCUAUUUAUAAAGUAAUGGUGAUAAGUGAUGAUUACACACUAGUCAGUCCAGUCGUUGGUCGACCAGAGCAAAGUUUUACUUAUGGUGGACUGACGGUGUGUUCCAUAUUGAUCUAAUACUUGAUAACCCUGUACUCCAUAAGCUGACCCUUCUUCUCACCCUGCUAUUUAAAUUAAUUUACAAUGUACUUUCAAUCAAAUACAUACAAUUUAAUGGUUAAGAUUUAAUAAUACUCGUCUCAUGUUUAAGAAAAAUAAUAAAAGUCAAUAAUAUUCCUUCCUCA